UACCUGACUGUGGGACAUUGCUAGCAACGAAGAAAAAAAGUUGUUAACUACCAGAUGUAGCUUUCGCUUCUCCUGUUUGUUUGAAUGAUUGUUUUUCUGUUUUCUAGUAUAUACUAGAAAAUAUAAAAAUACUAUAGAAAAUGCUAGUAUAUAAAAAGCCCUUGCAAGUUUUUUUUCCUAUUUUAUCCGUGUGUUCAAGCGGAGAAAGAACGAAGCACUAGUUAACAAUAUUUGAAGUUUUCGCAAGAAAAAAAGAUGCUCAGAUUCUUGUAAUUUUGUAUUUUCGUCUGUGUGUCAAGAGCCAGUGAGCCAAUGAGAAGGCUCAGCUCAGUAACCUCAUUUGCGGAGGGGGGGGGAAGGGGGAAGAGAAUUUACUCCCAAAAGUUGUAUUCUGACCUCCACACCUGCUGUGACAUGCGCUCACCUACCCACAUGCAGUCGCAAAAUAAUAAUUUUAAGGUUUUUAACUAUCUCGCUACGCUAUUGAUGGCUCAUGCCUGUAAUCACGUAGUCAGGGGGAAAAAGGCAGCCCUGCUUAAGUUACAUUGGAAACUGUAGAUCCUUCUAGGCCACAGAAAAGACACAGUCUCAAAUAUCCAGGUGUGACACUUGGUAUUCCAGAGGAUCACUUCAAGUUUAAGGCUCCUUGAGCUACCUAAUGAGUUCCAGAUUAGCCUCAGCUAAACAUUAAGAUGCUAUCCGAAAAAAGAAAAGGAAAAAAAAUUUUCUGCACUCAUCCACUCUGUUCCCUGCGAAAUCAGAAAGACACCACCUUAAAAGGGGUUGUAGGAUUUAGAAGAAUGUAAUGUGUUUACAAACGGUUAAAGACUUUAGAACUCUAAAGAUGGCCAUUGUAGCAAUAUUGUUCAUUAAUUUAAAAAAAAAAUAUUGAAGAUUACAAAGUUCAUCCUCGGUCCCUGUCCCCCUACCCAAGCUUUAGAAGAGAAAAUGGAAUUAGGUAGAACGACCUAGAAACCCUUUAGGAACCACUUCUGCCAGGAACUAUUCUCGCGCACUACGUUCCACCACACGAGUCAUAAACUUGAUGCAACCAGCAGGUUUGCUCCUGUGCGGCUCCGCCCCCUUACGCCUGUGGCCUGUAGCCGAGGCGGAGGUCGCUUGAGCGCCUGCGCCGUACCUACACUGGGCGCAGGCGCCAAGAGAGACUGGCGGCAAUAAGUACCAUGGCGUGGGUUCCUGCUGAGUCUGCGGUGGAAGAGUUGAUGCCACGGUUGUUACCUGUGGAGCCCUGUGACUUGACGGAAGGUUUCGAUCCCUCGGUACCCCCCAGGACGCCUCAGGAAUACCUGAGGAGGGUGCAGAUCGAAGCAGCCCAGUGUCCAGAUGUUGUGGUAGCCCAGAUUGACCCAAAAAAAUUGAAAAGGAAGCAAAGUGUGAACGUUUCUCUUUCGGGAUGCCAGCCUGCACCUGAAGGUUAUUCCCCAACACUGCAGUGGCAGCAACAACAAGUGGCACAUUUCUCAACUGUUCGACAGAGUGUACACAAGCAUAGAAAUCACUGGAAAUCGCAACAGUUGGAUAGUAAUGUGACAAUGCCAAAAUCUGAAGAUGAAGAAGGCUGGAAAAAAUUUUGUCUGGGUGAGAGGUUAUGUGCUGAAGGAGCUACUGGACCAUCUACAGAUGAAAGCCCUGGGAUUGAUUAUGUAAAAGUUGGUUUUCCUCCCUUCCUUAGUAUCGUAAGCAGAAUGAAUCAGGCAACCAUUACUAGUGUGUUGGAAUAUCUAAGUAAUUGGUUUGGAGAAAGAGACUUUACUCCAGAAUUAGGAAGAUGGUUCUAUGCUUUGUUGGCUUGUCUCGAAAAGCCUUUAUUACCUGAGGCUCAUUCACUGAUUCGACAGCUUGCAAGAAGAUGUUCUGAAGUGAGGCUCCUGGUGGGCAGUAAAGACGAUGAAAGAGUCCCUGCUUUGAACCUGCUGAUCUGCUUAGUUAGCCGGUAUUUUGAUCAACGUGAUUUAGCUGAUGAGCCAUCUUGAUAGAGUUUACUUCCUAGGGAUGGAAGAUCAUUCUGGGAAGGGAGCCUAAGUCUGAGGAAGCAGAAUUCCAACCUGAGGACAGAUUGCAUCACUUCUUAAGUUACAUGAAGGGUUUCACCUUAAUCUGCAGCUCAAGUUGAUAUUCAAAAUAUAGACUCGAUUGGUUUAAGUGUCUGAAAUGUCUACGGAAAAGCCCCCCUGGUACCUGGUGAGCAGUUGGAAGUUUCCUUAACUUGCAUGUAUUGAAAAGAGGUCAAGUGUGACUUACUACUUAAUAACUUGUAUAAAAACUGAUGACAUUUUUGACAUUUUAUACAGGCCCCUGGUGCUGCUUUAUUGGUUUUUUUUACAAGCAUACAUAUAUAUUUAUGUUAAAAUGUAUUUUGGCUACAGAAAUUUUUUUUGACUCUUGAAUAAAAUAAAAGACAGUGGAUGUCCUUAGAGUUGCAGUUCAUACAGAUGAAAUGGCAAAUGUGUUCAUAGUCAACAAGACUAAUCCAGUGUUCAUGUUUAAACUCAAUAGUUUUAGUUUAAUUACACCACCAAAACUUCUAAAAUCAUUUUCAAUAAUGUCAUAGUAAGCAAUACAUGGUAGUACACACUUGGCAUCCCAGCAUCUUGGGGUUCUAAGCAGUUUUGGGAUACAUAAUUAGACUCUACCUCAAAAAAACAAGGACUGGAGGUGGAAUAACAGUGAGGAGCACUUAGGUUCAAUCCGAACACCUACAUAGCAACUGACAACAGUCUGAGACAGCAGUUCCAGGGGAUCUGACACCUUCUUCUGUCUUCCUGAUGUCAGGCAUGUACAUGGUAUACAUAAAGACAAGACAUGUCUAUCAAAAUAAAUAUACAUCAAAAAUAAACAGAUCUUCAAGUUAACGUCUAAAAACAACUGGCCUUGAAGCUUCAUAGUUUUGCUGAUUUCUUUGGGAGAGGAGGAUGUAUUGGGGGCUGGUAAACUGUCAGUUACUGGGUGGCUUUGGUUAUUUCCACAGCUAGUAGCUGAGCAUAAAGUUACAUAUGCUACUCACAGUAAAAUUCCAGAGUGGAUAAUAUUUAAAAGUAUAAGCAGUUUUGCUUAUGCAAGUAUAAGGUAUAAAAAUAUUGGUGGCGCACGCCUUUAGUCCUAGCACUUGGGAGGCAGAGGCAGGCUGAUUUCUGAGUUCGAGGCCAGCCUGUUCUACAGAGUGAGUUCCAGGACAGCCAGGGCUACUCAGAGAAACCCUGUCUGGCUCAAAAAAAAAAAAAGAAAAAAGAAAAUUACCUUAGUAAAGUUCCAUCUCUACUAACAGAGGAUUUUUAUUGUUGCUAAGACAAGAUGGUAUUCUGUAGCCAGCAUUGCCUGCAACUCUGUAGCCCAAGAUGGCUCAAACUUGUAUGAAUCCAUGCGUCAUUUUCCCAAAUACUACAACAAUCUGUGUUACCUCAGUUAGCUAGAGGACUGUGAACAGAAGUGAGAAACUGUAACCACAGGCUUUUCCACCCAAGCCUUAGGCACCCCAGUUCUCAAAUAACAACUCAGAAGCUAUAUUUUGUUUAAUAAAUGCCUAGGCCAUAAAUAAAAGCUAGGCUUGUUCCCACUAGAUCAUAACUUAUUUAACCUGUUUAUACUAGUCAAUGUCUGCUGCAUGGCUACUUACCUCUCAGUUUCAUCUUCCUCCAAAAUCCUGGUGGUAAAAAUUCCCACCCACUCCCCCUCCCCCCGCCAGAUUUCCCACCUUCUAAUCCUGCCUCAGUUUAUUGACCCUCUUAGAUAUUUAUUGACAGGUGAUACUUCACACGGUACAUGAGAGAUUAUCCCUGCAAGAAGCCAUUUCUAUGAAUUAAUUUGGAGCCACCAUAUCUAGUUUAUCUGGAGGAUUUUGAACAGAAAUGAGAAAUCAUUUAUGUGUUUUAAUUUGGUAUGAUUAUGGACCAAAUAAGGAUAUUUGAGUGUUGGAGAUAAAUAGAAAUAAACAUUUAGAAUCACA